CUUUGCUACUUUUCUUUACACCCUGCAACUUUCAAACAUGUUCUUUGAAAUCAUCUUUGCGUUAUUCACCUUGCUUGCUGCCAUACGUUUUAUGGCACAAAAUCUCACUUUAUGUUUGGAGCUCAUCAUUGCAACCGUCAUUGUUGCAUUGUUUUUUAGCCCAUUUUAUUAUGCUUUGAUUAAUUCUCCUCUUGCCGCAUAUUUUCCACCAUUGUGCGAUCCUAUCGAUCCGCCUACCCCCAGAUCAUCUAACUCUCAAAACAUUUCAUCUCCUCGUACCAUAGCUGGUUUGUCUCCUCCCGUCGUUGCUGGUUUGUCUCCUCCCGCCGUUGCUGGUUUGUCUUCUCCCGUCGUUCCUGAUUUGUCUUCUCCCGUCGUUCCUGAUUUGUCUUCUCCCGUCGUUGCUGGUUUGUCUCCUCCCGUCGUUGCUGAUUUGUCUCCUCAUACCACUGCCGAUUUGUCUCCUGCCAUUGCUGAUUUGGCUCCUCAUAUCAUUGUCGAUUUGUCUCCUACCAUUGCUGAUCUGUUUCCGCCUACCAUAGCUGAUCUGUCUCCGCCUACCAUUGCCGAUCUGUCUCCGCCUACCAUUGCUGAUCUGUCUCCACCUACCAUUGCUGAUCUGUCUCCACUUACCUUUGCUGAUUCGCCGUCAGUCACCAUAGAGAAAGAUGCUGUCGAAGAACUCGCUGAUUUGUUCGGUAAUCUCGACGUGGCGGACGACCACGCACAAGUCUUGGCCGCGACAAACUCACACAUUGAAAGAUUCUGCACGGAACGUCGCGAGUGCCUCCGUCGCGAAGUUCUUGUCUACAACUUAUAUAAGCGUUUCUUUUCAUAGAAAACAUUAAGAAGAAAAUCACAAACAUGCCAAAAAGCACGUCAGAAAUCACGUCAGAAAUAUUUAAAAAGCGCUACAAGAUAAUGUUACAACCGGUCGCGCCACUGCUACCAUCAACGAUAUCAACUGAAGACCCGCCCCCGCUCUUUCCAGGCCUCACAUUGUUUCCUUUCGCUCAGAACAUCAACAACAACAACAACAAAGGCCACCUGGCCGCAAAUAGUAACACUGUCAGACGCAUAAUCGAGCAGAAUCAUUUACAAAUAUGA